UUUUACUUUCUUAACUCACACACAGAUUUUUAUUUCCUUAUUUUAGAAUUAAAUUUGUUCUCUGAAGAUAAUUCUGAUGUCAGAGAGCUGCAAUUCUCGCCAUUUCUCAUGGCUCAUGAAAUCUUGUUUACCAAAUCCCUCCGACGCCAAAUCACUCGUUCCGAUCCACCAACCGUCGUCCACGGCGGCGAUUUCUUCAGCUACAAUCGCUUCUCUACCUGACGAUUUACUCCUCCAAUGUAUCUCCAGAGUCCCUUCUUCUUCAAUUCCUUCUCUCGCCGCCGUUUGUCGCCGUUGGUCUCGUCUCCUCCUCUCUCCUUACUUUCUCCACCUCCGCCGUCGUUUAGGUUUGCUCCGGCAUUCUCUUUUUGCUAUCUCAGCCGUCGAUUCAGGACUUUUCGCUGCGGAUUUGCAGUUUCAGUCUGAGAUUGCGUCGUGGAAAGUGUCUCUUGCGGUUUCGAGUAGGUCUGUUUGUGUUGACGGUAGUUUAUCUCAUGCUCGUGCGGCGGCGAUUGGUCCUAGGGUUUAUGUUGUUAGUAGAAAUGCUGUUUUGAGAUACGAUUCGUGGAUGGGAACGCUUAAUUUGAGAUCUCCGAUGCUUUUCCCUCGGAAGAAAUUCGCAAUCGCGGUGGUUUCUGGUAAGAUCUAUGUUGCUGGAGGUGGUGGUGGUUCGGAAGUUGCGGCGGCGGUUGAAGAGUAUGAUCCGGAGUUAAAUCGGUGGGAAGUUGUGACUCAAUCGGCGAGGAAGAGAUAUGGUUGCAUUGGAGCAGCCGUUGACGGAGUUUUUUAUGUGAUUGGUGGAUUGAAAAUUGGGAAUGAGACUUCACGCGCGGUGGCGGCGCGUGCUUAUGCAAGCUCUAUGGAUCUUUUUGAUGUGGAAUCGCGUCAGUGGUUGAGGAGUCGUUCGGUUCCUGGCGGUGGAUGUGUAGUGGCGGCGUGUGCGGCGGUUGGAUAUGUGUAUGUGUUAAGCAGCCAUGCGGUGGAGCUUUCGUUUUGGCGGUUUGACGCGCGUCGUCGCGGUGGAAACAGCGGGUUUGGAGAAUGGCGGAGGCUGAAAAGUCCGCCGUUACCGGCACAAGUGCGGUUAGAUGGAACGGUGAGGUUUAGCUGCGUCGGAGUGGAAGAUAAAGUGGCGGUGGUUCAGGUGGUGGGAUGUAUUGACGAUUUGCUCCGGCGAAGUGGAAGGAGUGAAAGAGGGCUUAGAGAAAGCCUUGUGUUGCUGUAUGAUACGACGGAUGGAGAGUGGAGGAGAGCGGCGGAUUUACCGGAGAUGAUUACACGCGCCGCAUGUGCGUGUGUGGAGUGGUAAGAGUGGAGACAACGGCGCAGGAUUAAGGGUACGAGAAGUGGGAAGAGGCUAACGUACGCAGGAUUUAUUAAAGUGAUCAAAAACAAAAUGAUUAUGAUUGGUGCACAUGUUUACUCUAUGGAAAGCAACAGCUUCUUGAGCUCGUGACCUCUAUGGCUGUUUUUGUUUCCCAAUAGAAACAAAACUUUAGU